AUGCAGCUGAGUUAUCUCGCCCAGCUGGGCAUUAUCUCGCUGGAGCACCCGGAGGGGGCCAGCCGGACCGGACAUCAGGAGGACUUCGACACUUGGUUCCAAGGACGGCUAUGUGAGGGCGCGCUCGGAAAGCAGUUUCCGCAGACCUGCCAGAGUGUGGUGGAGGUUGCUUGCUCGUGGAGGCGGCGUUUUCCACCUCCGCUUUGGGCACGGCUCGCAAGGGAUAACUGCUCGACCCUGCUCAAGGAAGCCCGCGAGGCUGUGCCAACUAUCGCCUUCGUGCAAGACUGCCUGGCCGAGCUUGAUCCAGCCGAUGGGCCAAUCACCAUUGUGGAUUUGUGCUCUGGCCUGGGGUUUCUCGGGAUGUUCCUUGCGGAGCUGCUACCAGCUGAGCGAGUGCAUGGCUGCGUUCUGGUUGAUCAAGCGUGGCCACUGAAAGGAGGUGCCCCCCAGGCACCACAGCAAAGCAAGAAGCAUCGCACACAACUGAACUGGGACCACAUAUACAAUCUUACUUGGCCAGUUCCACUGGUGACUCGCAGAUCUGAUCUGAAACUUCCCUCGACCCAAGUGCAGAUCCUCUCUCGCAUCCUUGAACCUGCACCCGGGCCAGUGGUCGUGCUUGGCAUCCACCUUUGCGGUAUCUUGGCAAUUCGAGCUGUGGAAACCUUCAACGCCGGGCCGAAGUGUGUUGCGUUUGCUUUGAAGCCUUGCUGCCUUCCGCCACUGCAGUAUGCGAAGAGCCGGACUCGUUGGACUCUUGGCACCCACACGUUUGGAGCUGCUGAGGUCUGCGCGUGGGGCAAGUACAACAAGAACGUGUGGAACGGGCCUGCCAAGGCCACAUUGGCACCUCGCUUUCGCAUGUGGUCGAGCAACCUAUUUCGGGGACUGUUGGCAGAGAGCAAGGAGUGCUUGCAUGUGGAACUGGUGGAGGGCCACUACCAGGAUACUUACCUCUUCGGCCGGCGGCGGUUUUCGGCUCAGAGCCCCACGCCGCCCGAGAUUUUCUCGGAGGCAUCCCCAGAGCAAGUUGCAAGACGGAUCCUUGAAGCUAGCGAGGCUCACGAGGUGUUGGGCGUGCCGACAGACGUCUCGAUCCGUCAGCUGCGGCGCCGCUGGACCACGCUGGCGCACGCCCUCAAAAGCGACAAGCCCGAGUGUGCUGCGGCAUUCCAGAAGAUCAAGGAUGCCUUUGAUCAGAUACGGAGCCUUCGCAGACUCUGCCCUGAAGAUGAAGGAGACGAAAAAGGAUCCAAGCUGGCUUCUCCCCUGCCUGGGCUGCAUCAGUUGCGUCAUGAGGGCAUGCCUGCUUGGCAUUCUCGUGCUGAUAGUCAUGCGUAG